AUGGCCUCUGUAUCAUUCGGCGAAGCAAACUCAGGGAACCAGGUGGGAAUCAACAACGGCACUAUAAAUCUUCCGGUGCCUUCCCUAGAGCCAUCGGAGCCCCGCCCCGAGCCUUUAUCGACCGUGCCCUUCUCGCAUGAUCCAGACUUUGUCAGUCGAGGUGCACUCCUUGACCAGAUCCACGAAAAAGCCUCGAUCCCAGGCUCUAGGAUAGCUCUUAUCGGUCUCGGUGGUGUUGGGAAAACCCGACUUGCCAUCGAAUACUGCUACCGGGUCCGACAGCAAUCGACUAAUACCUGGGUCUUCUGGGUUCAUGCGAGCAAUGCGGCGCGCUGCGAGGAAAGUCUCCGCAACCUUGCCAACCGUGCCAAGAUUCCCGGGCGCGAAGACCGCAACACUAAUAUAUUUCAACUCUUCGGGAACUGGUUGCAAGACGGAAAGAUUGGGGAGUGGAUUCUUGUCCUGGAUAAUGUCGACGAUGAUGAGCUCCUUCGCAAACCGUUAGCGACCCGUGCGGAGGCAGAAGCAAACGCCCAGUACUCGACGCAGCCACCGCUGAGGUACCUUCUCGAGGGCUCGAACGGCUCUAUUAUCAUCACCAGUCGGAAUAAAAGAGUAGCAUCGGAGAUUGCUGGCCAUGAGAGGAAUCUGGUGGAUGUGCAACCAAUGGAUAUGGCCGAGGCGCUAGCUCUACUGCAGAACAAGCUGGAUUCAGGUACAGAGAGAGCCGACUUGUCUCAGCUAGUGAAGGAACUUGAGUUUAUGCCUCUCGCAAUUAUACAAGCGGCUAGCUAUAUCGCCCACCACUCGCCCCGUUGCUCGGUAUCGCAAUACCUAGAGAAGCUUCGACAGAGUGAUCGUCAAGCUACGAAGCUUCUAAAUCACGAGGGACUUCACACGCACCGAGACUGGGAGGCAAAGAACUCUAUUGUAUUGACAUGGCAAAUAUCCUUCGACCAUAUCCGACGAAUACGGCAGUCUGCGGCUGAUUUACUGUCUCUCAUGAGCUUUUUCGACAGACAGGGGAUCCCAGAGAAUCUUCUACGGAUUCAUGGUGUGGAAAAGAACCAUGAAACUCUAGAUGCUUCUAGGGAAGUUACGGAUAGCUCUAGUGACGAGGAUACGGAUACUUCGUCCGAAUGCGACCUAGAAGACGAUUUUGAGAGCGACAUUACUACUCUCAGAGACUAUUCCUUCAUUGCUAUUAGUGAAGAUAGCAUGGUAUUCACGAUGCAUCGGCUAGUGCAGCUCACAGUACGUAUAUGGUUGAAGACCUAUGGCCAGGACGAGAAGUGGAAGGAAAGAUUUAUUAACAAUCUAAAUGCUGAAUUUCCGACUGGUGAAUAUGAAAAUUGGGAGAGAUGCCGACCACUCUUUCCGCAUGUCAGAUCAGCGGUGACGCAUCGACCGAAAUCGCAAGACUCUCUACAAAAUUCGGCUGCAUUACUUUACAAGGGGGCAUGGUAUGCGCUCAAACAUGGCAAUAUCCCGGAUUCGCGGGAAAUGGCAUUGGUAUCGAGAAAGCAGAGAGUCAAGGCUUUAGGCGCGGAAGAUGAAAGAACACUUGAUAGUACUACGAUAUUAGCAGAUGUAUAUAGGCUUGAGGGCCGGUGGGAAGAGGCGGAGCAGCUCGGGGUGCAGGUUAUAGAGACUCGCAAGACGAAGCUCGGCGCCGAUCAUCCUGAUACGCUUACGAGUAUGGCCAAUCUGGCGUCGACAUUCUGGAACCAGGGCCGAUGGGAAGAGGCGGAGCAGCUCGGGGUGCAGGUCAUGGAGACUCUUAAGACGAAGCUCGGCGCCGACCAUCCUGAUACGCUUACGAGUAUGGCCAAUCUGGCGUCGACGUUCUCGAACCAGGGCCGAUGGGAAGAGGCGGAGCAGCUCGGGGUGCAGGUCAUGGAGACUCUUAAGACGAAGCUCGGCGCCGACCAUCCUGAUACGCUUACGAGUAUGGCCAAUCUGGCGUCGACAUUCUGGAACCAGGGCCGAUGGGAAGAGGCGGAGCAGCUCGGGGUGCAGGUCAUGGAGACUCUUAAGACGAAGCUCGGCGCCGACCAUCCUGAUACGCUUACGAGUAUGGCCAAUCUGGCGUCGACGUUCUCGAACCAGGGCCGGUGGGAAGAGGCGGAGCAGCUCGGGGUGCAGGUCAUGGAGACUCUUAAGACGAAGCUCGGCGCCGACCAUCCUGAUACGCUCAUGAGUAUGGCCAAUCUAGCAGUCACUUGGAAAUCUUUAGGCCGCGAUACCGACGCUAUUGAUUUGCUCACAGCUUGCGUAGAGAAGCAGCAACGAACCAUAGGUUCCACGCAUCCUGCCACUGUGGCGAAUUCCGACGCUCUCCUGGAGUGGUCAACUGAGGCACUGGAUAUUAACAUGUAA